AUGGUUUCCGCAACAGUUUUGUUCACCAUUGCCGCGUGCAUCGCCGGCUCCUCAGCCUCAAUCGCAGACUGCGUUGGAGAGAACUACGCUGGUGUCUGCAUGGAUGCCGGCGCUCCUGGUCUCGCCCACGACGGACUUACACAGAGCUGCUGCCAACCUCCCCACGGCUCAACGUACAACGACGGUCCCGGAGUAUUCUGCUGCGUCCGAGGAACCGAAGAAAACAUCAAAUACCUGCAGGCAUGCUGCUCAGGCAGCGGCCAGAGGGACGUCAUUUUCAACCACGCUGGAAAUCUUUAA